CCUACCCAAAAUGCGCCUAUUGACAUUUGUACCUACAGACUACAGUGGUUCCAGAACAUGGGACAAACCCAAAUGGUAGCUUUCCCAUCUGGGAUUUAUUUUCUCAAUGCAGGAAGCCCUUCCCUCAUUGAUUAUGAAAGUUUUUACAUCUGGGUUUCGUUCACUGGUCCACAGCAACAACCCAAUACUAUCUACCAAAGCCCAAACCAGAUUUUUCGUUAACACGAGUAGCAAAGAGAAACUCUCUCAAUCUCCGCCUAUAUCAGAGAAAUUUGCUUCUUUCUUGGAUAAUUGUUCAGUUGUUUUCACUUUAAGAAAACUCCAUGCUUGCAUUUUCGCUAAGGGACUGGGAGACAGUAUUUUUCUGGGCUCUAAGCUCCUGAAUUGCUAUGCAAAGUUUGGUCUUCUAGCUGAAUCUAGAUGGGUAUUCGACAGAAUUAUAAAUAACAACCUGUCUCUUUGGAAUUCAAUCCUUGUUGGGUAUUUCCGGACCGGUCAUUUUGGUGAAGUUCUUAGGCGGUACUCGUAUUUGAGAGAAAGGAAGAUUGGUUUAGAUAGUUCGGCCAUUACAUUUAGUUUGAAGAGUUGUAUUGAGCUGGGAAGUUUAGAAUUUGGGAGAGGGGUUCAUGUGGAUGCUUUCAAGUUUGGGUUAAAUGCGUAUAGGUUUGUGGGUUCGUCGCUCAUAGGUUUGUAUUGUAGGCAUGGAGAUAUUGAAGACGCAUCUAGAGUGUUUGAUGAAAUAGCUGACAAAGAUGUUGUUGUUUAUACGUCGAUGAUCACUGGGUAUGCUCAAUGCAGCGAUCACCGUGGGUAUGGGGCUUUCUGUGUCGCUCGUCGUAUGCAGAAUCAACAAUUGGUUCCUAAUCGGGUGACUUUGGUGAGCUUACUUCAAGCUGCGGCACACUUGGAAGCACUUGAAGUGGGUCGUUCCAUCCAUGCUUAUAGUAUUAGAAGAAGCAUUGUUUGUUCAGAUGAAGUCUUUGAAACUAGUCUUAUGGACAUGUAUAUCAAAUGUGGGGCCCUAAGAACGGCUGCCUGCAUUUUUGGGAAAAUGGAUUCAAAAACAAUUGGUUCUUGGAAUGCUAUGAUUGCUGGUCAUCUUCAAAUGGAGCAGCCCUUUGAAGCUUUCAACCUUUUCUGUCAAAUGGUGCAAGAAGACCUCAUGCCUGAUUUGAUAACUUUAGCCAAUGGGAUUUUGUGCUGUGCUACCUUGAAGUGUUUGCUUCAAGGCAAGAGCAUUCAUGGUUACAUCAUUCGAACUGGAGUCGACCUGGAUCUAGUAGCCAUAACUGCUCUGGUCGAUUUGUAUUGUAAAUGCAAUAGCUUAAUCCAAGCCAGGGGAUUGUUUGAUAGUAUGGAGAAAAGAGAUGCUAUUUCAUAUAAUGUGAUGAUGACUGGUUAUCUCCAAAACGAAUUUGCUUUUGAAGCUAUGAUGACCUUUAUUGAAAUGGUUAAAGCAGGUAUCAAACCAAAUAUAAGUUCCAUUGUAAGUGUGCUUUCUGCAUCCUCUGAUCUGAAAGACAUUAAAAGUGGUAGGUGUCUUCAUGGAUACAUAUUAAGACAUGGGUUAGAUUGGAACACUGAAAUUGCCAACCAAACCAUCUAUAUGUAUGCAAAAUGCGGUUGUAUGGAUUUUGCAAGGCAAGUAUUUAACGGGAUAAAAUAUAAAGACCUGGUCUCUUGGACUUCAAUGAUGAUGAGUUAUGUUUUUCAUGGGCAUGCGGAUGAAGCCAUUAUCUUGUUCCGGCUGAUGCAAAGAGAAAAACUGGAACAUGACUUGGUCACUGUAAUUAGUCUGCUUCAGGCAUUUUCUCAGCUUGCAUGUGUAAAUUUAGCAAGGGAAGUUCAGUGUCACUUGUAUCGAGUUCAUAUGGUCAGAGAGAUACCUGUUAUCAAUUCUCUGAUCACUACUUAUGCCAAGUGUGGCAGAUUAGAUAUGGCCAGAGAAGUGUUUGAGCACAUGAGCAAGCGGUGCCUGACAUCAUGGAACACAAUGAUAGCUGCAUAUGCUAUGCAUGGCAGCUCUGCAGAGGUACUAAAACUAUUUGAUCGAAUGAAAGGAGAAAAGGUCGAGCCUGAUGAGGUAACCUUUACGUCAAUACUCACUGCUUGCAGUCAUUCAGGCUUGGUAGAAGAGGGUCUGCAAGUUUUCAGGUCCAUGAAAGAAGAAUAUGCAAUGAUUCCAUGUGAAGUACAUUAUAGUUGUAUGGUAGAUUUAUUAAGCCGGGCAGGACAGCUUGAUGAAGCGUAUGCCAUGGUUAAGCGCCUGCCAUCCGGAAAAAGUACUUCUUCACUGGGUGCUUUGCUCGCUGCUUGUAUAGUAUAUAGAAAUACAGAGAUCGGGGAGGUUGUAGGGAGGCAACUGCUGGAACUGGUACCUGAGAACUCAAGCGCUUAUUCUUUGGUGUCAAAUUUAUAUGCAGAAGGUGGGAAAUGGGAUGAAGUAGCCAGAAUAAGAGCCAUUGUCAAGGAUAAAGGUUUGAAAAGGACUCCUGGGUGUAGUCUGAUAGAGCUAGAUAAGCAGGAACGUGCAAUGUGAAUCCGUCCUGAAAGAGAUUAACCUUUAAAUCUUCAUUUUUUCAGAUAUGAGGCUGAAUAUCAUUGAUAAGUUUUUUUUUGAUAAGAGGCUGAAUAUCAUUGAUUCUGAUUUUUCAUGGUAAUUGGUAUACAGUUGACAUGUGAAGUUAAUAGGUACAAACAAGCUAGUGAUGAGAGUUCUUGUUGUUUGUAAUCUAGCUGUCACAAGUCAUUUUUAUACAAUUUUUCUCCUAAACUUGAAAAAGAGGAGGCAGCUC